AUGGCCAUUGGCAAGGCCGCCGUCCCUUUCGAGCCCGACAAGGAUAUCCCCUCUUUAGAUGGCAAAGUCAUUCUCAUCACGGGUGGCAACAACGGGCUUGGAAAACAAGCUGUCUGCGAAUACGUCAAACACAAUCCCAAGCAGAUCUGGCUCGCCGCGAGAAAUGCGGCCGCUGCUCAGGCGGUAGUGGAUGAGAUACAUCAAUACAAGCCAGACUCGCCGAUAGAAGUUCUCGAGCUAGACUUGUCUUCAUUCGAAUCCAUUAGGCAAGCUUCAAAGAGGUUCCUUGCUGAGUCUGACCGACUAGACAUUCUGAUGUUGAACGCGGGCAUCAUGGCCGCGGCACCGGCUCUCACAGAGAACGGAUAUGAACUUCAGUUUGGUACGAACCACAUGGGCCACGCGCUGCUUACCAAGUUCCUUCUUCCCAUCUUGGAAAAGACUGCGUCAGAGCCCAGUGCUGAUGUCCGGGUGGUAUCUUUAUCAUCCAGAGCACACUUCCUAGCUCCAAAGGGAGGCAUCGUAUUUGAAUCGCUCAAGACCAAAGCAGACGAGAUGCAGGCAUUUGGAAGAUACGGGCAGAGCAAGCUGGCUAAUGUGCUCUUUGCUCGGCAACUAGCGGCGCAAUAUCCCCAAUUUACCGUCACUGCUAUUCAUCCCGGCGUCGUGAGAACAAACCUCAUCAACGGCAUGUCGGGCGCAGGGAUCGCCAAGAGAGUCCUGGGACCCCUGGCAAGUUAUUUUUUCACUCCGGUGAACCAGGGCGCCAAGAAUCAGCUGUGGGCGUCUGUUGCGAAAAGUGUGAAGAGUGGAGAGUAUUAUGAGCCGGUUGGUAAAAAGUUCCAGGGCCGACGCGCAUUGAGUGCCUUCGAGAAGAAUCUAUUCCGGGUCAAGAAAACAUCCGACCUGCCGCUGGUGAAUUUGGUUUCAUCUCCUGAGCUAUCUGCAAUUCUGAUGAAUUGUUGCAGCUCGGUAAUGAAUUCCAACCUUUUCACAAAGGCCGCCGCGCCUGCGCGAGUGAUUGCGCAUGCCAAGUUCGGUGGUCAACCAAAGAUCCGACAAUGCCUGAACAAGGGAGCAAAGCUUCAUACAGCUGCUUUUCGCAGCAGUCCCCGUGAAACAUGCACUCGGGUAAAGCGAAAUAUCAUCCCAUCAACCAAGAGACCCUUUCACAGCACUAAUUCUCUGUCCCAAAAAGACCCUUACAAAGCUCUUGGCGUAAGCAAAUCAGCGUCUGCCUCAGAAAUCAAAAAGGCCUACUAUGGCUUGGCCAAGAAAUUUCAUCCCGAUACGAACAAGGACCCAAACGCGAAGGAGAAGUUUGCUGAUAUCCAAUCAGCAUAUGAGAUUCUGUCCGACCCCAAGAAGAAGGAACAGUAUGAUCAGUUUGGUGCCGCUGGCUUUGAUCCCAACGGCGCACCAGGCGGAGACCCAUUUGCAGGAGCUGGCAAUCCGUUUUCUGGCUUUGGGGGGCAAGGUGGCUUCGGUGCGCAGGGUGGCUUUGGCGGAGGUUUCAACUUUGAGGACAUCUUUUCGGCGUUUACUGGGCAGCAGGGUCCUUUUGGCGGUCGACGAGGCGCACGGUCGAAUCCUUUCCAGCAAGAAAUCCUUGUUGGCGAUAACAUCGAGGUGCAAGCCAGCAUAACUUUCAUGGAGGCCGCGAAGGGCACUAGUAAAACAAUCAGCAUUACCCCGUUGACGACUUGUGGGACGUGCACUGGUAGUGGACUGAAAGCCGGCACACAGCGCUCGCCUUGCAAGUCGUGUAACGGAACUGGCACUCGAUUGCACUUUAUGCAAGGCGGCUUCCAGAUGGCUUCGACUUGUGGAACUUGCGAAGGCACGGGCACAACUAUUCCAAAAGGCUCCGAGUGUCGAACUUGCUCCGGCAAUGGUGUUGUUAGGGAACGCAAGACCAUCACCAUCGACAUUCCUGCGGGUAUUGAGGAUGGCAUGCGGUUGCGCGUGGACGGCGCCGGAGACGCCCCGCCAACGGGAAAGACUGCCGACCCGAACACCAGGAUUCAGCGUGGAGACUUGUAUGUUUUCGUUCGUGUGGCCAAGGACCCCAAAUUCAGUCGCGAGGGCUCCAACAUACUAUAUACCGCCAACAUUCCUCUUACCACGGCCCUGUUAGGUGGCCAGGUCAACAUCCCGACACUCGAUGGCUCAGUUAAUGUCAAGGUAGCCACGGGCACCAACACUGGCGACAAAAUGACGCUCACUGGCAUGGGUAUGAAGAGAUUGGGUGCCCGAAGAGGCGGAGCAGGUGAUCUCAGGGUCGAGUUUCGAGUGAACAUGCCCAAGUAUCUCAGCGCAAACCAGCGAACCAUUGUUGAGAUGCUUGCCGAUGAGAUGGGCGACAAGACGGCUCGACGAGUGAUGAAUGUCUCGUCAGCAUCAAACAACGACGCAUCAAACCCAGAUUCACAUAAGAACGAAGGGUUUCUAAAGUCCAUGUGGCACACACUCACAAACCACCCAGCACAUCAAAAAGAAGGUGAAGAAAAGUCGAGCGCCGACAAGUCUGAUGCAAAGAAGGACUCCAAAUCCGACAACAAGGAUAACAAGCCAAAGGACGAGCCUAAAAAGUCGGAUUCUGGACCAGCCUAA